AUGACCGUCUCACGAUCCCUCCCCCGCACCGGCUUCGGCCUCCUAGGCAUGACAUGGCGCCCCAAGGUCACUCCCGACGAGCAAGCCUUUGCCGCCAUGAAAGCUGCCAUCGCGGGUGGCGCCACCAUUUGGUCGAGCUCCUCCAUCUACGGCAUGGACCCGGAGCCUCCCACGACUGGGUUGUGGCUGCUGCGCCGAUACUUUGAGAAGUAUCCCGAAGACGCACCCAAGGUCCAGCUUUUCAUUCGCGCCUGUUUCGACCCCGUCACCUUCAAGCCGCAGACAACCCGGGCAGGUGUACGCGCCAGCUACGAAGCGUGCCAGGCCAUCCUCGGCAAGUUCAAGAAAAUCAACGUCUUUGGCCCUGCCCGCAUAGACAAGGAGGUGCCAGUUGAGGUGACCGUGGGCGCCCUAAAGGAACUCGUGGAGGAGGGCAAGAUCGAUGCCGUCGGCCUGUCAGAAGUCGGCGCCAGGACACUUCAUCGUGCAGCUGCUGUUUACCAGAUUAGCUUUGUUGAGAUCGAGUUUUCGCUGUGGAGCACUGACAUGCUCACCAAUGGCGUGGCGGAUGCGUGCAAGCAGCAUGGUAUUACGAUCCUCACGUACGCUCCGCUGGGCUAUGGUUUCCUGACGGGACAGGUCACCAAGCUAGAGGAUAUUCCCAAGGGCGACAACUUUGAUAAAAACCUCGAGCUGGUCGAUAAGGUUAAGCUUUUUGCCAAAGAGCGUGGCGUCACGCCGGCGCAAUUGGCCCUUGCCUGGAUCCGCUCGCACUCAAACCAGGGCAACUGUGGCAACAUGAUUCCCAUACCGGGAGCCACGGCUGCUUCGCGGGUGGAGGAAAACUGUGGCAUUAUAGAGCUGUCGGCAGCACAGAAGGCGGCACUGGACGCCAUUAUUGCGUCGAUCGAAGUUGUGGGAGAUCGUCAGAUCGUCGGAAUGAGCGAUGAGAUCCUCUGGACGUAA